AUGUCCAAGAACAGAACGGGCCUUUACUUGGGCCUCGCCGCGGCCGGUGCGGGCGGAUACUACCUGUAUCGCGCGGGCGGAGAUGUCAAGGGUGCUAAGCAGGAGAUGAAGAUUGAUGCCGACAAGGCGCGCGAGAAGCUUCCCCGCGGUACCAGCGCGGAGAAGUUCGGCGAGAGUGUGGGCAAGGAAGCUGGUUCUAAUAUCGAUGAAGCUAUUAACAAUGCCCGCUCCAAGGCUAAAUUGGACGAGCGCAUUCCCGCCCUCAUCGAUAAUGGCAAACAGCACUUGGAAGAUGGCAAGAAGCAUCUAGAGGAUGGCAAGAAGCAACUCGAUGGGCUCCGCAAGGAGGCGGUUGAUCAGUUCAAUGCCACCGUGGACAAGGUUGAUCGUACGGUGGAGGAGAAGGCGGCUGAGGCUAAGGGGACUGUUUCUUCGUGGUUUGGUGGGAAGAAAUAG